AUGUGGGAAUCUAACGAGCAUAGCAUGUGUGUGCACAUAACGCGAAAAGGCAAGAACGAAACAAACGACGUAAGAGCGACAAGGACAGCAAAUACGGCAAGGACAACAAAUAAUCAAGGACAACAAAGGAUUAGAAGAGGAAUAAAGAGUGAAUAUAUUGAUCUCGAAAAAGUCAAUGAAAUAUGGGAAUCCGGAAAAGAAAAUGUUUUAAGAAAUUUAUCUAUUUGUAAAAAACGUAAAGAAAGUAUCUCAGAAGGUUCUAAAAAACGUAAAGAAAGUAUUUUAGAAGGUUCUAAAAAGCGCAAUAAAGAUGAUAUAGAAGGAGGAGAAUCAUUCAAUAAAAAGCGAAAAACAGACAUCUUUACACCCAGUAAAAAUAAAAAAAAAGAUAUUUCAAAAGAUUUAUCUUCCAUUGAUAAUGUCGAUUCCGAUAUUGAAUAUAUUUAA